GCUGAUGUUAUCUCCAGCAGAGAGCAUCAAGCCCCAGCUAUGGCGCCUGCUGGAGCUGGUCAAUUUCAGAGAUGAAGAGGAAAGAGAGGGAUUCGCCCGAGCGCUUGGGCUGUGUGCCAGGCAACACCUCUAUGAGAUUUUUGCCAUCCUGGAGCACUGGGAAGAGGUCGUCAGCAGGGUGCAGCUCCAGCCUUCUGCUGCUGGCUCUCUGGAGGAGCCAGCUUCCAUCGAGCAGCUGAGAAGCCUCCUGCUCCUCACCUAUGGGCACGUGGUCCACUCAGGCCUCACAGACGACAUCCUAGAGACCAUAGGAUACAAGAUCCUGUCUCCCAUGCGGAAACACUAUUUUCUGAGCCCACAUGACCCGCUGGUGAGAUCUGCGUUUGUGAGAAGCCUCGUGCUGGUGGGUGAAGCUGUCACCCAAGUGAGCAGGAUUCCCUUGGUUAGCCAGGACACAUACACCGUGCUGUCCCCCGUGCUGGAGAUUCUCAGAGGCAAGGACCGGGCCCGGCUGCAGAGCCCCGACCACAAGUGUGCCCUGCUGGCCAUCUCAUACAUAGGGAAAUUCCAGCCUCACCUGUCUAAGGAGCAGGUGGCUGAGACCAUCAGCACUUGUGUCACCAGCGCCAUGAUUCAGCGUCCAACCCUGGCGAAGCUGAGAGGGACUGAGGUGGCAGAAAGCUCCGCUAUCCGGGCAGAGUCUCUCCAAGAACUGCCCUGGGAGGGCCUGGAUCAUGUGCUGCAGACAUUCCUGGAACAGCACCUGACCCCCACCACGCUACUGCAUCUGUUUCUGCACUUGCAGCCAUGGAUCUGCUCCCCCCGGGCCCAGGAGAGGACCCGAGCUGUGAGAGCCAGCGCCCGGCUCUUCAUGUUUUAUCGAUUCAAGGCCAUCACCGAGGACCUGAAACCCAUGGCGGAGCAGGGCUACAUGGCCGGGCUGCUGACAAGCCAGGCCUUCGAUGCUGAGGAGACCACCCGAUACUGGACAUCUCAGGCUCUCUACUGGCUCUUCACGCCUUGCAAAGCCGUCGUGUACAACAAGACAGGGGCGGUGGUGACCGUGCUGAGCAAGGCGCAGAAGGAUGCCAGCUGCAGAGAGAGCCCUGCCUAUGUUGCUAUGCUCAUCGCGGAACAUCUGCAGUCCCGUGACCUCAUGCCCUUCAGCUUCACCCUGCUGGUGGGCCUGCUGGAGAAGGGGGAGUGUGCUGAGCAGCUGGCGGGCGUCAUGGAGGCGGUGCUGAGACAGCAAAAAUCAGAGCUACAGGGCCAAGUGCAGGAUCUCCAAGCCGCUCUUUCCUACACACUGAGCCCACCCCGGGGGGGGCGGCUGAGUGAUGGGACAAGAGACAUCCUCCACCUACUGGCCAGGCAGCACACCAAGACCGCGGUCAGCAUCCUCCUGAAGAUGCCCUGGCCUUACAAACACCACAUCAAGGCCAUCUGGAGGUUCCUGGGUGCAGACCCCAUGCUGACCAGGGAGGUACUGCACAUCCUGCUGGACGACAGCCCGGAGAAGGGCUGGGCUAACCCUGGACAGACCCAGGACAGGAGCUGCCCCCAGCCAGCCCAGCUGCCCCCGGCGACCACAUACGGCCUGUGGGAGCUGAUCGGGGCCUUGGGGCAAGGGGACACCCUGGAGGGACGCGAGGACGACCUGUUCGCCUCUUGCUUCCUCGCCAUCGCCUGCCCCCCGGCACAACACCUCUUAGGAGUCCAGCAGGACCGGCCCAGUGACACCAGUCCACGCAGCAUGGCCGUGCAGGCCCUGGCGCGGGUGCUGCGCCUCAGGGGCAGUCAGCCAGCUGUGGAACUAAUGGACCAGGAGCAAGGCUGGCAGCUGCUGGAGGAGGCUCAGCCCGAGGGGUUCACUCUCCUUAGCAGAGCCAUAGUGAGCCACCCAAACCUGGCCCUGAAGAGCAUCCCACAGCUUCUCCUUCCCAGCCUCCAGGCCAGCCACGAAGGCGAACGCAUGGCCUGCACCGCCCUGUUUGCAGAGUUCCUCGGCAGCCCCCUGCUGAUGGAGAAUGAGCCCAAGGCCAUGCGGAAGCAGGUGCUGAAGGCCAUGCUGCAGCAGACAGAAGACGGCAACAUCCACAUUCGUGGCAGAGCGCUGCAUGGCCUUAGAAAUGCAGUGACCACGUUCCCGGACAAGGUUAGGAAGAAGAGAGACCAGAUUCUGGCGAGCUUUGUCCACGGCGUAUGCCAAUCCUGCGACCCCUGCGCCAUUCUGGACGCGACGGAAGGGCUCUGCUGGAUGCUGCGGGAUCCCAAGGCGCCUCUGAAGGCGCAUGUUGCCGUUCCGCUGGCCAUGCAGGCGAGAACAUUCUUUGAGGAUGAGAACAGCAGCCUGAGGCGGGCCUCCAUAGAGCUCUUUGGCCAGCUCACCAAAUUUGUUUCCAAGAGGUCAUCCCGCUUCGAGGCUGAGGUGGAGAAGAGCAUGGGGACGCUGCUCAUCCACCUACAAGACGGGGACCCCCAGGUUGCCCAGGCGUGCAGGGUGGCAUUGCUGCACUGCGCACCCUUCCUGAGCUACCAGCCCCUGCGCACACUCGUGCGGAGCCAGCUGGCCGAGGGAGCGGCCCCCGACAUCCCCACCUUCCUGAGCGAAGCCUGCAGGACCCUGCUCCAGGACUGCCCAGGGAGGCUGAGCAAGAAGGCUGCCCUGAGAGCAGCAGCUGCCCAACAGCUGAUCGAUUCUCUGCCACCCAACUGGGAAAAGUCUCCAUGUGUGUCAAAGACAGGAGAGCUUACGGUCCGAAACAUCAAAUUCCUGGAAGCUGAGAGUGAGAAGUUUGAAAGCACCCCUUGGGAACCUACUCUGAUUACCAGACAAUGGCAGGAUUAACUGCCUCAAGUACCAUGUCACUAAUCCAGCAUGCCAGGGACAUCACAGCGUGCAAAGGCAAACCCGGUGGUUUAUGAGCAGCUGUUUUGCUUGACAUAGAUACAGAAUUCUAGUUUUGCCUGGGAGGGGAAGGAAUACGAGAUUCUUUGAAAGCGCUGCAGCUUUAAGCACCAGAGAGGCAAAAGGCACCUCAGAUUUUCAGCCUUCAGUAAAAUGUGGCAGCCCUUACAGAGACAAGCAAGAAACUGCCUGGAGACACAGAAUGGCUCCCCUGAAGUUACAAACCUUUGCUGACCUGUCACCACCUGCUGGUGAAGGAAGCUGCACACCAUUCACUGCUCCUGGUCUGGCCACACAAACACGCUUGGCAGCAUCCCUGAGUCAAGACAGCACUCGCCAGAUGUUCUGGCUCCCUUGAAAGUACUGCAAGGGCCCAGCUUUACAGACAUGCAUGUGGGGCAGUGACCCAGGACAGGCAAAUCUGGGGUUCAACAGCCUCCAAACUCAAAGAACGGGAGGAGAAGGACGAAUGACUCUGUCUGUAUUCAGUGCUCCUUAGCAUGUGGCUUUGGAUGCCCAAUGACAGCUGGUUGAGCUUUUCUGGUAGUUCCACCUGUGUAUUUAUACAACCCAGUUACCUCAUGGGGCUUCCUCACCCAACGGGAAGAGACAGAAAGCAGGGAAGAAAAACUAUUAAACUGUUCCGCAAAAUACUGAACCAUAUAAAGUGCAAUGUUACCAUUGAGGAUAUAAAAAUUCAACGUUCACAUCAGGGUGGCUGGGUGUUUAGUGGCCUUAAACACCAUGACUGUGUAUGUGAUAGACCUCAACCUCGAAGCACUGGAUGUAGGCAAAGGGAGUGCUGAAGACAGCUCUAAAUCAACAAAGAAUCAGGCUAAAGACAACUGUUAAUGUGUUAAGGAACCAAAAAGGAUUGAUUUGUUAUUUAACAGCCCUGCUGCUAACAAGACGGAGGUGGGGAUUUUUUUUUGACAUUUCCACUGGCUGGGAAAUUGUAUUAUCCCAUUUUCCAGUCUGAUUCAAGACUGCCGAUUUCCUGUAAAAACUGAAAUUAAGAACUUAACUCAAGGGAUGGGUCAACCCCUUCCCCCAGCAGCUUUAGUGGAACUGAAGUUUACAGGGCUGAUGAUAACUCCCUUUGGUAAACAGUGUAAUAAAUGUCUCCAUAGGUCUGUUUGUAGGUACUAUCUCUCAAGCCACCUGGUACUAUGGUACUCAAGAAGCUGGUACAGUUAUGCUAGCACAUCAAGCAUACUUCCUUUAAUCAAAAAAAAUUGACAAUAUGUACAUUUAUUUACAAAAAGGAAGGGGAACAUGUUAAAAUUGUGUUGUUUCUGCUGUGUGUGCAUAUGUGUGUGAAAAGCUGGUGCAUGGCACUAGGAGAGACCAGUAAAGAAGCAGGUACAAAACAAUCCCACUGGCACUAGAAAGGACAGACCAAUCUGAACUGGUUGAAUCAGGAGUUGACUCAGAAGUCCAGCAGGGUGAAGGAGGGAGGAGUCACGGGUCAGAUCCAGGAGACGGUGUUCUCGACAGCCGGACUGCAGAGCUGGGUGACCCCGGGUGAGAUCCUGGCAAACCUGCAGCAACCUAACAGAGGAGAAUCCAGUUGUGAUAGGCACCUCUGGGUUUCACGACAUAUCUGAGCAUGUAACUUUAAAUGCACCACUCUGGUUAGGAUGUAUGCAACAUCCAGUUCUCUUCCCUUGAAGCUCAGGCCAUUGAGGAGUCUCAAAACUGCUGGUGCGUACGAGUUAGCUGCAUUUCCCUAAGAUCACUCAGUUCUGAAAAGGUUCUGAAAACCUGUGUAUUUAUACAACCCAGUUACCUCAUGGGGCUUCCUCACCCAACGGGAAGAGACAGAAAGCAGGGAAGAAAAACUAUUAAACUGUUCCGCAAAAUACUGAGCCAUAUAAAGUGUAAUGUUACCACUGAGGCUAAAAAAAUUCAACGUUCACAUCAGGGUGGCUGGGUGUUUAGUGGCCUUAAACACCAUGACUGUGUAUGUGAUAGACCUCAACCUCGAAGCACUGGAUGUAGGCAAAGGGAGUGCUGAAGACAGCUCUAAAUCAACAAAGAAUCAGGCUAAAGAGAACUGUUAAUUUGUUAAGGAACCAACAAAUAUUUACACCUAAAGUAUAUGUGACAUUGUCCCACACUUUUACUCAGCUUGUUCCAUAGAUGAUGUAUGGUACACCUGUCAUUCUUUUGAGUAUAAAGGUAAACUACUCAGUUACUAGAUCUUCAGUUUAAUCAAGUCAGAAGACUGCAGCAUCAGUUGGAACUUAUCCUGGCAGCUUUUUGCUUCUGCUAUAAGUUGGGGACUUAUGAGUUGGAAGUGACAGAGGAGGAGAAAGACCUGGGUGUAUUGGUUGAUCACAGGAUAACUAUGAGCUGCCAAUGUGAUGCAGCUGUGAAAAAACAUGUUUCUGUUGAAGAUAAUGUGUGACUUGUGCAAAACUGUUCAUGACAGUGUAUAAUGUGCUGUCACCUCCAAAGAGCUCCCUUUCAAGCCAUGAUGUGGAAUCAGGCAAAUUGCAACAACCCCACACUACCCUCCCCAGAGAAGAUGGAUUGGACCAACCACAGUGGAAAACUGGAACCCAAGCUAUGGUCACUGGAGCCAAUCCCCACAAGCUGUGCAGAAAUUGUUACCUGUGUGGAUAUGUCAGAAAUUCCACAUUGGCAUAUACUGGGGCCUGUAAAUGCAAAGGGUGCGUCGGCACAUGUAGGAACCAUUAAAUUCUGCUUAUCUAAGCAAUGUCUACAUAGAAACUGUUUCUAGUG